UAACACAACAACAUAUGUGACAUAAAUACACAUCCAAGAUCCAACCCACGGUUGAUUUAAGACAAGUUACCUGCAAGUGUGUCAUUUUCUGUAAAGUGGCAUUUUAUGAAAUCAUGUGAGCAACCUAUGAUUAGAAGUCAUCAUCAUUGGUCAUAUGUAUAUGUGUAUGCCCCAAGUGCCGAAGCAAAUAAAAAAAAAAAAAAAAGAUUUAAAAAAAGUUUAUAAGGAUAAUAGAGAAAUGUGCGUGCGCAGGCAGUGGUAAGGUAUGGCUGGGAAACAAGAGUCAAAAACCUUGAAAAUCAAAGACACCAAAGAAGAACACAUGUUUUUAGUUUAUAUUAAAAUUGCGGGCACAGGCACAGGCAGAGACCCAUUCAAAGCUCUUGCUCAUACAAACUACAAAGUUGCAUCGCCAGCAAGAGCAAAGAGAUUAACAUGAUUUGGCAAAUCAACAUGCUUUCCCUUUUCUUCAUCCUCCUUUCUUCUUCUCUCAUCCUUUUCUUCUUCUUCCGCAAAACCUCUGCACUUGUCAUCCUCAAUCAAUGGCUCCUCUCCCUCGAAGACCGUCUCCACCUUCACGAAUCCUUCAAAAUUCCACGCUACAACAACCACUCUCAGGAGAAUCAACUCUACCGCAAAAUCCUAACCUACCUCGAUUCUCUCCCCUCCUCCGACUACACCAACCUCUUCUCCGGCCCCAAUCCCUCCGACAUCUUCCUCCAGCUCGACCCUGACCACACCGUCCACGACACCUUCCUCUCCGCCAGGCUCUCCUGGACCAACGACGCCGCCGCCGGAGCGCUCCUCCUCCGGAUAAAGAAGAAAGACAAGCGCAGAGUCUUCCGCCAGUACUUCCAGCACAUUCUAUCCGUCGCCGACGAGAUCGACCAGCGGAGGAAAAACGACAUCAAGCUCUACGUCAACUCCGGCGCCGGCGAGUGGCGCUCGGCGCCGUUCGCGCAUCCGGCGAGCUUCGACACCGUCGCGAUGGACGCGGAGCUGAAGAGCAAGGUGAAGUCGGACCUGGACCAGUUUCUGAAGGCGAAGCAGUACUACCACCGCCUCGGCCGCGUCUGGAAGCGGAGCUACCUCCUCUACGGCGCGCCCGGCACCGGAAAGUCGAGCUUCGUGGCCGCCAUGGCGAAGUUCCUCGGGUACGACGUGUACGACGUGGACGCGGCGAAGUUCGCGGACGGCGGCGAGUGGAAGGUGAUGCUGAUGCAGACAACGGCGAGGUCGGUGAUCGUGAUCGAGGACCUGGAUCGCGUCCUGGCGGCGAGGUCGAAGGCGGCGAGCCUCUCGAGCGUGUUGAACUUCAUGGACGGGAUCGUGUCGUGCUGCGGCGAGGAGCGCGUGAUGGUGUUCACGAUGAACGGGACGAAGGAGGAGAUUGAUCAAGCGGUUCUCAGGCCUGGGAGAGUUGAUGUGCACAUACACUUCCCCUUAUGCGAUUUCUCCACCUUCAAGAUUCUCGCCAAUAGUUACUUAGGCUUAAAGGAGCACAAGCUUUUCCCUCAGCUCCAAGAGGUUUUCCAGACCGGGGCCCGCCUCAGCCCGGCCGAGGUUGGCGAGAUUAUGAUAUCCAACCGGAAUUCUCCCACCCGGGCCUUGAAAACCGUUAUCUCCGCCCUCCAGCUCCACUCCAACGCCCUCGACGCCAGCCUCACCCACAGCGCCUCCGCCCGAACCGCCCAGGAUAACGAACCGGGCUCUGUUAUAUGCAGGGAAAGCGUUCACACCGUCAGGGAGUUCCGCAAAUUGUAUGGGCUUUUUCGUUUGGGUAGUAGGAGGAAGGACGAGUCCUAUUCCGGGCCCAUAGAGAGAGACCCUCCGCGCAUUGCCGGAUAAAAUCGUUAGCAAAUUUAUUGUUGUAUCUACACAGGAAAAUAAUGGUAGGUUGAUAAGAACACAUAUUAAAUUCCUUUCAAUAGUCAACAUUCUUUUAUUUACUUUCGCGUUGGGUCAACGUUGCUUUUGAGAGGUUGAUUUUUCUACCACAAUAACAACAAAAUUCCUUUUCUGAGACGAAACAAUUAAUUAGGAAUUGGGAGUCAUUGAUUGGAGUAGCAUGGACUAUUCCAUCCGAUACCAUGGAAUUUGAUAUGCGUGUAUUUCAACUUUAGUUUGUGACCCAUGGCAAAGAUUAUCCCUUUUGACCAAAAAUGAGAGAGAAUCGAUGGUUCACCCCAUGCCCAUGCACGAGUUUGUGUUUGGAUGGUGGUUAGAUAUUAAUCAAUGAAAUAAAUUAAGGCUGUGUUUGCCUCAAAGAUGGAUUAUUCUUGAUAUUUGAGGUAGAUAGGUACUACUUGGAACUUACAUUAAUUGUAACCAUGGAAGAAUAUAUGUGUAACCUGGCGGGAACAGAACACGUUUCGCGACUCUAUAUCGUUAGCUGGCUUUAGGUUGGAGUAUUUCAAACCAAAAACAAAGUUAGAAACUUAGAUCAUCUAUAACGCGAUUGCUUAUUUAAGUUUCUUAAAGUUGAAAAAUGUGCUUAACGUAGUUCAUUAUAGGAGCUAAUGACAUGGUGUUGCUUAUCCAAGCACGGCUGCUUAAGAAAUUCCUAACAACUAAAAAUGAAAAUUUCAACUUAGAUUCAAGAGAAAAGAUGGCAAAAAGAAAAUCAACAGUAAAAACAAUAGAACCAAAUCCAAUUUCAGAAUUAUAUCUUUUUCAAUUUUCAGACCUAAAAUGAAAGUUUUAUUCAAUCUUAGAAUCUGACAACUUCAAAGAAAAAAAAAA